CAUCGGGCAGUCAAUAAUGACCACAAUACCUUCUCGUCUUGCCCAGGCCACACGGACCUCACCCAGUAUAGCUCAUGCUAGAGCGAGGGGUCGCGCACUCUACAGAGAGUGGUAUAGAAAUGCCCCAGGCAUAUGCGAGAUCUACGCACUAAAUGUUACGCCUGCACUCGUAAGGGCGCGCAUACGGGAAGGCUUUGAGAGACACCGACAUGUCGAGGAUCCCGCUGUUCUCGAUGUCGUUCUCCUCAAAGGUCGCCAAGAAUUGCAGGAGACGCUUAACGGCUGGAAGCAAGAGUCUCAUAUGUACGGAAAAUUACUCGCAGACAAGCAACGCCCACAGAAAACAUUCAUGCAAAAGUUUUUAGAAGGCCGCGACGAGGAGGCAAUUAUUCCUGCAUCUCCCCAGUCAUCGUAUCCAUGAUGAAUUCAGCUGUACUCUAUUCCAAUUAAUGACGGUCACGUUGUCCGCCAGAUGGCCAGCAUGUGCCGGCAUGUAGUGGCCACUCCAGUUACUCGUUUGGCCCGAAUAUCUGUUUAAUCCGGCCUCCGUUGUAAGGCUGGUUCAUUUUGCUGCGUUCUGAUAUUAAGCUGUCCCCGCAACUUGUGCGCCCACCGCGCUGCGAUUGUGGUUCGGCAAUAUAUGUUGUCCAGGGAAUCAUGGACU